AUGCAGAUGAGAUGUAAUUAAGCUGACCAUGAAAAUCAAUCUAUAAUAGGGGUUUGCAUAGAUAUUACAUGUCCGAAUUUAAGCCCCUAUUGUAAUUUUUGUUUGCCUCUCCAUGCCAAACAUCUUCAUAUGUUAACCCCUUUGGAUCUUAUAAAUGAAUGGAUUUCGGAACGAAUCCUUUAGGUUCAUAAUGUUUACAAUAGUGUACAAGAUUUGAAAGUUCCUUUUGAAAAUCUUCUAAAUUAGUUCUCUCCUUAUUGUAACUUUAAUAUUGAUUAAAUACCUAAAUUAGGAUUAUCAGAGAUUGAUAAGUUAGUAAAAGAUUUAGGUUCAAUAUAAGAAUGCGAAAAAAUCCUAUUUAGGCAACUUAAUCAAUCAAUUCAAUAAAUAAAAUAGAUUGUUUUUGAAAUACUAAAAACAAUAAAGGAUCAAAGUAAUAUCUACAAAAAUGAUAAUACAUAAAUUCCAUCCAACAUGGCUUAAUAUAUAAUAGAAUAACCAAAAAAUUUAAACAAAUUAAAACCAAAUAUAAGCCCUAUCGCAUAUGAAAUCAUGAAUAAGCAUUCUAUUAAAUAAAAAGAAUUUUGUUUCGCAAUUGCUUUAAAUAAAGAUCGCUCAAUUUUAGCAGCUGGAUGUGACAAAUCAAUAAAAAUAUAUAAAUUCAGCCAAGGAAUGUUUAAAUAGAUACAACUCUUAAAUCAACAUUAAGAGUAAGUGAGCACUCUAAAUUUCAUGAAAAAAACUAAUUAACUUAUAUCUGGAGAUUGUAUUGGAACUAUUUUGAUUUGGCCCAGCAAUAAUAAUAAUGAAUGGAUUUGCUCAUAAACACUUCAACACAAUGGUUAAAUAAAUUGUUUAAUUAUAAAUAAUAAUGAAGAUAUUAUUAUAUCAAGUAGUAAUGAUAAGACUAUUAAGUUUUGGACGAAAUAAAAUGAAUGGAUCUGUUAAUAAACAAUAAGAGAUUAUUAAAGUUGUGUUUAUUAAUUAAGUUUAAAUGAAAAAUAAAAUAAAGUUAUUUCAUAUGGAUAUGAUAAAUUAAUCUUAGUAAUUGAAAAUUCACAAUAGUAUAAAUAGUGGAUGGUAAUAUAAAAAAUUCAAGUUGAUUGUUUUGGAAUCAGACUAUGUUUUAUCAACGAUAAUCUUUUCACAUUUCAACCUUAUAAAGGCAAUUAGAUGUAUAUCUAUGAGAUGAAUACUGUAUGUAAAUAGUUCGCUCAAACAUAACAUGUUACUGUAAAUGAAGGUGAAGAGGGUUACGCAUUAUUCUCGUAAUAAUAUAUUAAAUCAAAAUAGUUACUUGUUAGCAAGCAUGAUAAGUAUAUCAAUUUCAUAAAAAUGACAGAUGACAAUCAUUUUAAAGUUGAGUAAACUAUUCAAUUUGGUAGUAAUAUGUUAUUUGGGUACAUGAGUGAUGAUGGAGAGUAUUUGAUAAUUUGGAAUAAUUUAUCUAAAGAAAUAUCAAUUAGGAAGUCUAUACUAGAAUGA